AUGAACUUCCGCAAAGCUGACGUCGACCGGAACUGGAACGAGAAGGCCGAGAACGCUGGAGCCGCUCAGGUGACUGGUGAUGGUGGUGAGAGAGAAAUUCUUUUCGCGGUGGGGGCAGCGGGGAGGUUGCCAGAGGAUGUUUACGAGCGGACGCUGAGCCGGUGGAGGGCCGGGCUACGCCGCGUGAUUAUGCGGAAUAUCGAGUUGGAGUCGAAAGCACUGGCUAUCAUGCAGUCGUACGUCCGACACCCUGUGUUGGAUGCGUAUUUCGUCUACACAUCCUCCCUCGGGACACACACGUUCUUCAUGAUCAUGCUUCCUUUAUUCUACUUCUUCGGCGCACCUGAUUUCGGACGAGGCCUACUGCUCAUGCUUUCAACUGGUGUGUAUGUCGCGUCCUUCAUCAAGGACCUCUGUUGUGUUCCGAGACCCUACGCCCCGCCUGUCACCCGCCUGACCAUCGGUGACCAUCAUCUCGAAUACGGCUUCCCAUCCACGCACUCCACGAACAGCGUCUCAAUCGCGCUCUUCCUUUAUACCCUACUUCAGCGCGCAUAUACCCCAGCCUCGACCGCUAUCAAGUCCUCCAUCGAUUCUGCAGUCUCCUCCGUGAACGCUACUAGCGUGCUGCCUACUGCGGAAGUCGUCGAGCUCGUGCAGGGCCAGAUCUCCGAGAGAACAUACCAGCUCGGCGUCGCGCUCCUGCUCUUCUACGUGUUCUCGAUCGUCUAUGGCCGAUUGUAUACCGCCAUGCACUCCUUCACCGACUGCAUCAUGGGUGUAGCCCUCGGUGCUGGGAUAUGGGGUCUUCAUGUCCUUUGUCGCGAAUACGUAGAUAAUUGGGUGCGCGAUGGUGGCUUCAUUGUUCCUGCCACCAUCGUACCCCUGUGCCUAUAUCUCGUCCACAGGCAUCCGCAACCGGUCGAUGAUUGUCCCUGUUUCGAGGAUGCGAUCGCGUUCGUCUCCGUUGUGAUGGGCGAGUUCGUUGCGCGCUGGUACAUGGAACACAACGGGUAUGAUGAGAGCUUUUUUGCACGCCCCAUGCCCGGUGCUACCUGGGCGACCUGGUCGGACGUCGUCACCUGGUGGUCUACCGCGGCGACCAAGACAGUCAUCGGCGUCCUGACUAUCUUCGUCUGGCGCAUCGUCGCCAAGUCCUUCUGCCACUUCGUCUUACCCCCGACGUUCCGCUUCCUCUCGCACCUCUUCACGCUACCCCACCGCCGGUUCUACACUCCCGCCACGGACUAUACCUCUGUGCCACCGGAGAAAGGUCUCCGCCCGAUCCCGUCCGUGAUCGAUCUCCCGCGCAUGGUCGAGUACGAGGUUGACGGCGUGGGUGCGUCCGAUGCUGCCGCGAGCACCGCCCGCCGGUCGUACAGCGCGAUCAAGAACCGCAAGGGCGGGCGCGUGGAGAUGGACGAGAAGGUCGUGGCGAUGAACGAGAAGAGCGCGAAGGGUCGCCCGGGCCUGAGCGUGGAAUUGGACGAGGAGACGGGCGGGAAGGACGUCAAGCAUUAUGAUGCUGAUGUGCUUACCAAGGUCUUCGUAUACUGCGGCAUUGGGAUCCUGGCUCCGGGCGUGAUCCCGGUGAUGUUCGAGAUACUUGGCUGGGGCGUCAAAACUAGCUGA